UUAAUCAAAUUCGACCACUAAAUUAAACUUAACGGCUUCAAAGAGAUUACAAUGAUAAUAACAAUGCAAUAAUGUUAAAACAUAUUUUUGUCGGCAUAAGACACAUUUUCCUGAAAUCGUGGAUCAGUAGAUCUUACUUUCGACACGAUAAAGAUAAUGUCAUUAAGAGAUAAUAUAUCUAUUAUCUUUAAUUGUGGUUCGUGAUUAACACUGUGUAUAUUUUUUCUGUAGUUCUGUACAUUUAUAGUUAUUAAUUACAGUGACUCAGUAGAGAUGUUAGUUCUCAGAUAUGGAAACUUAAGUCUAAAAUAUUAGCUAUUGACCAAGUUCUUGACCAUUUUAUCGGCUAAGAUUAUUAAUGAAAAAAUAGGCGUUACUAUAAGAUUUGCUGGAGCACAAAAACAUUCCAAAUUGCAAGUAUUGUAAUAUUUUAAAAAUGUCUGACGAAGAAAACGAUCGUUUUGAAGAGGAACAGAGUUUAUUAACUGACAAUUUUAAUACCAUACCGCAUACACCAAGUGCUUGGGAACAAGAUAUAUACGAUAUAGAUGAAGAUUCAGAUCCCCAUGCUACUCCAGAAAGGGAGAUUUUAUGGGCUGCUGAACAAGGAGAAUUGGAUUUGGUUAAAUCAUUGGUAUCUAAACAUACUCACUUGGUUCAUGUUCAUGAUAAAGAUGGUUAUACAGCUUUACAUAGAGCAUGUUAUAGUAAUCAUCUAUCAAUUGUUGAGUUUUUAUUAGAAAAUCAUGCAAAUCCAAAUGCUCGAACAACUGAUCAAUGGACACCAUUGCAUUCUGCUUGUAAAUGGAAUAAUGUGGAAUGUGCCGAAAAAUUAAUAGAAGCCGGGACUGACAUAAAUGCUUUAACUAAUGGUGGUAUAACACCUCUACAUUUAGUAGCAGAGUUGGCUGAUUCACAUAAUCUCAUUGAAUUAUUAUUGUCUCAAUCUAGUAUUCAGGCUAACAUAAAACUAGCGAAUAGUACAGGUGAUACACCAAAAGAUAUUACAGCUCGGAAGAGCACAAAUGAACGACUUUUUGAAUACUCUGAAUUGUGUUUCAAUUAUAUUUAAAUUAAAUAUUAAUUAUUCA